AUGGAAUCGAACAUAGAAUGGACACACACUAAUCGAGGUGCAAGAGCAUUUAUAUACAAAAACCAAAAGUACAGAAAGCGAUGUUCAAAUAAAGACGGUUCAGAGAUAUGGGUUUGUUGUAAAAAAUCUUGUGGUGCAUCAACUGUUUUGCUUAAUGGCAUCAUUAAACGAUAUCCACAAGAACAUCCACAUGACGAACUUCAACAUUCAUCCGAAGUUAGAAAUCUAUUACAAAAUAUAUGUACAGAAACAAAAAAGGAUUUAUUAACACCAGUAACUGAAAUUUAUCGACAAAACUUAGUACAAUACAAAAGAAAAAAAGGAACAGCUGAAGAUGUACCAAUCUUCAACUACAUAAGAUCAACGGCUUAUCGACGUAGAUCAUCAGUUCUUCCACCAAUUCCAAAAACAUUAGAAGAUAUUAUAAUACCUGAUGAUUUGAAAUUUUUAGAAAAUGGUGAUCCGUUUUUAAUAUUUGACAAUCCAGCACCAAAUCGUAUUAUUACAUUAUGUUCUCCACAAGCAUUGAUUGAACUUAGUAAAUGCUUCUAUUGGCUUGCUGAUGGAACUUUCCGAAGUGCACCACAAAAAUUUGUUCAAUCAUAUUCAAUUCACGGCCGUACUGAAUGGGGAAUCCAUCCAUUUAUUCACAUUGCAAUGUGUGGUCGCAAACAAGAGCAAUAUGAAUUGCUUUUUCAAGGUUUAUUUAAUUAUGCAAAUAGAAAUAAUAUUAAACUUCAGCCUAUCAGUUUUGCUUCAUCAUUUCAAGAUAGAGAUGUUAAAAGAGAAUUAGCAAAUUUAUUUGGGCUGCCAUUAAUACCUUUACAAUAUGUUUUUACUGUAUUUGAAAAAAUUGCUUCACAAUUACUUCUAAAGAUAACAGAUAUUGAAACCUUGCUUCAAUAUUUUUCAAAUACAUAUUUGUAUGGAAGCAAAUUUCCACCACCACGAUGGAAUCAUUUUUCCUCCAUUGGGUUUACACAUAGAACAAAUAAUGCUCUUGAAGGUUAUCAUCGUUCAAUAAAUGCACGAAAUGCGCCACAUCCAAACAUUUGGAAAUAUAUUCUAUUAAAAAGGGAGUUAGAUGAACAAACGUUGAUAUCAGUAUCUCAAGAAAUAAAACAAAAACGCUCUACAAAGCAUCAACGUAAACGCUAUCGUGAUCAUGACAAUCGUUUAAUUGAAGCAAAAGAACUAUUAAUUAAUAAACAAAUUGAUCUAUUAGAAUAUCAACGACGUAUUCGAUCUCUUACAUAUGGAUACAUAAAAUAUCAUGAAGAAAAUGAUGACGAUAGUGAUGUCGACAAUGACGUGUAG